AUGUAUAUCGAUACUUCAAAUAGUAAGAGAAAGCAACAGCCAGAAUCUGAAGAGAAUCCCCAACCAUUAUUGACGACCGAAGAUAGCGUAAAGAAAGAGGAUAGGUCGAAAAAAAGAUUCAGAACAAACGUAGAGGACGCCAUAAAUGAUCAUAUGGAUGGGACUUAUUCGGAUCAAGUAAUAGCGAUAGCAGCUGAAAAUCAAACCAUUAAUCAGCAACAAAUUGACAGAGAAAAUAAAACUACAAUGGAUGAUUUAUUGAUUCUCUUUGACAAUAUUUUCAAAUAUAAUAAAAAUUAUGAAACAAAUCUAGAAAAAUUUUUCACUAUUACUUUAGAAAAAACUCGAAUACUUUCUGAAAAAAUUAGAUUUUUACAAAGUUUACAAGAUAAUACGCUAUAUAGAAAGAUUCUAGGCUUUAUUUAUCAUACGGGUUUGAAUAUCAAAAAAGACUACGAUCAAGCUUUGCAAUGUUAUCAACAAUUGGCAUUUCAAGGGGAUGCU